GAUGCCGCUGGGGUCAUUCAAGCCCCUCGAACUGAGCCUCUACUUUAGUUAAUCCUCUUUGGUUUUGACAGUAACUCCAAAAAACUGGAUCAUCAUUUUUUAAUUAAAAUUAUUGUUGUCGAAUAAGAAAAAAUGAAAGUCGUGUGUGCUGCACCAACCUGCAAAUACUCCUCUGACCAUGAAGACUCGAGUAAUAUUAUUUUUGUCAGCUUUCCAAAUGAUGAUACUGCCACUGUAUGGGCCCACAACUGUGGCAGAUCAGACCUGAUUAUUAAAUCAAAUGAAGAAUUGCAUCUGAAUUACUAUAUUUGCUCAAACCAUAUUGAAGAUCAAUAUUUUUUGAGUAAAAGCAAUCAAAUAAUCAUCACUCAAGGGGCAAUACCAACACUUUUUGGGCUUCAAAUGCAAUCAGUGGAAUCCACUGAUGUUAUAAAUUCGAUAGAAUUGAGCGAACAAAAUUUUGUGGAUGCAGCAUCAGAAUAUGAACAUACAAUCUACAAUGGUAAUAUUACUAAUGAUAACAACGAAUCAGAUGAAAUUAAUGAAAACGAGGAAAUCCGGAGAAUUGAGAAUAUUAAUGUUAAUAUGGAGGAGUUCGAAGAGAUGGCGAGAUUCUUAAAUCUCUGUAGAAUAUGUGGAAAAAAUCCACCAGAAUGUGUCAACAUAUUUAAUGAGAGAGAAGGUGCACUCACCAUCCAGCAAAAAAUUCACCUUCAUUUACCGAUAAUUAUCGAAAGUGGAGAUGGAUUGCCACAGAAAAUAUGCUUAGAGUGCCAUGAAAAGGUGGAAAGCUCCCAUACUCUUGUGAUAACUAGUUUAUUGAAUGAUAUAAGAUUGAGGAAAUUUCUAAAUUUACCAAAUAAGUAUAAUUAUGAAGAAAAAUACCGUGACUUCAUACCAAACGAGGAAUUGGUAAUAACAAACGAGGUACCAUUCUUUGGUGGUAUCCCGUCUGAAAAGUCACGUUCUCAAGAGUCUGAAAAAGAGAAACAAUUAAAAUACGUUGUACAUUCUGAUUUAAAUAAUUUAAUUCUUCAACCUCUGCCACUCCAAAAUGAUGAGAGAUCAAAGACUGAUUUACAGAGUGAGCCCGUGGUGUCAAGAGCCGAUCAAUUCCACAGUCAGGAUAAUAAUGAGCCGGUGUUGAUAGAAAAGUCAAAUUGCCAAGUUGAAGAUGUGUUGAAUAAUAAGAAUGAAAUAUUGAUGGCUGAACAGACAUUAGUCAGAUCAAGUCGUCGAUGUGGUUACUGCUCUCAAUCCUUCUCCAAUCGUAAAGAAAUUCAGGGACAUAUGACGGAGGCCCACAAUGGCCAGGGCUCACUCUUCAAAUGCGGGACUUGUGAUAAAUCAUAUGAGAAGUGGUCCAGCCUGGAUGUUCAUGAGGCCACUCAUCGACAAGACAAGCCCUAUCUCUGCGAUCUGUGCGGGAAGAGCUUCAAACACUCAAAUAAUCUCAGAGGGCAUAAACGCGUGCAUCUCGAUGCUGCUAGGAAAAAACGACACAUUUGUGAGACCUGUGGAAGUGCUUUCCGAUCCAGAUUCCACCUGCAAGAACACAUGAACCAACAUAAUGGUAAGAAGCCCUACGUCUGUGAACAGUGUGGAAAGGCAUUUUCCAAGAGAAUACAAUUACGACAGCAUAGAUUGUCUCACGGAAUUAAUAAAUACGCCUGUCCAAUCUGCGGUGCGACUUUCAAUCGAAGGGGUAAUAUGAAUACGCAUUUCAAGAGACACAGCAACAGUGAUGGAACGUACAAGUGCAGUGUGUGUGAUUGCAAGUGCAAUUCGAUGAGCGAUUUGAAGCACCACCGCAAGAGUCACAGCUUGAACGAUAUAAUCGAGAGUAUAAAACGCCGAUCCAUUGACAAAACCAUCUGGCAAUGUGCAACGUGUAGACGUGUAUUUUCGAAACGUACACAUCUGACUAAUCACGAGCGAACCCACGAAGUUGAUCAGCCGAAAGUCGAGUGUGAGAAGUGUGGAAAAAAAUUGGCGAGCAAGAGCUCCUUGAGGUAUCACAUCAAGUCAAUGCACACGUGCGAGAGAAGCCACCUGUGUCAAUUCUGUGGUGAUGCAUUUAUCUCGAGAGAAGCCAGACUCAUUCACGAGAGAAUCCACACUGGAGAGCGACCCUAUUCCUGCAAAUUGUGUAAUAUGCAAUACAGAUGCUCAAGUAAUCUGAGUCAACAUAUGAAAGCUCAUGCCGAUGUUCGACCUUUUGUUUGUCAGUACUGCUCCAAGUCUUUUACACGGAGAUCAGCUCUCAUAAUUCAUGAGAGAGUUCACACUGGGGAGAAGCCAUUCGUCUGUUCAGUGUGCAAUCGAAGAUUCUCUCAAAAACAUGACAUGAAGAAACACGAAAAAAUCCAUCAGUCCAAAAUAUUGAGUUGCGAAAAAUGUCAGGAGACUUUUGCCAACAAGAUGGAAAUUGUUAAGCACCUGGAGUCUCACCACAAACCAGAUACCCAGGAUACUGCACCUGUUGAGGAGUAUGUUGAGUUGUCAGAAAAUUUUGACAACUACUCGUUAAAUAUCAGUGAUAUUCAAUAUUCGUGAUUGUAAAUAGGAAAUAUGAUGUCAAGGAGGAAGGAGAAUAAAUCGUAAUAAACA